CUUUAAUCUCGCAGAUUAAAUUUCAUACUCAAUCAUGGUCUGCUAAUUUCACUAAGUUAAAGAGGAGAAAAAUCGAACCUUUCUUAGUUACAGAAGGAUUGCUAGCUCCUAAUUUCAGAUUUGGGAGAUCAAUUAUAAGGAUUGUUCGAUGGAAUAUACCGACAGGAGAGUUUAAAAUUAAUGUUGAUGCCUCCUUUUUACCUGGCAGAUCUGCUGGGGGUGUGAUUUGUAGAGACAGACGAGGAGGCUUCGUGUGGGCGUUUCACUUCCCGGUGAAUGCUAACUCCAGUCAAGAAGCGGAAUGGCAAGCUAUGGUGUGGGCGACGAAGGCAGCGACUAACCUGGGACUUGUUGACUUUCAGGUUGAAACAGACUCAGCUCUUUCCUUGCUCAGGUUUGCGGACAACGUUGAAGGAGAUAGAUCGGUUAAUGAGCUGAAGAAUUAUGUUGUCCGAAAUGGGAAUAAGCUUUGGUCAUACGGUCAGAGAGGGUAAUUGGGCUGCCCAUGCGUUGGCAAAUCUCAUUCUGGGUCAGAUUACUAUGCUCACCAGGUUGGAGGAGCUCCCCGGCCCUGUUUAGAAAUAUUACUAUACUGAUUAUUUUGGUUUUCCAUAUUUUAGAUUGUAAUUGUUGUUUUUCCAAUGGAUGAGGUAUAGCCCCCUCAUUGGCUUUUAUGUUUUUUAUUCGUAUUUUUUCGGAGGUUUUGGUCUGGUCCCCCUCUUCUUUUGUAUCUUUUUACCUGCU